GUGUUGUUUACUAAGAUGUCAUCCUCAUAGGAAGCGCCGAGGCUGAGAAAUGACAUUACAAUCAGAAUUGCUGCCACAAUGGGAAUUCUGUCUCUACCUGGUUCUUUCUUUUGGCUUCCAUUUUUAUUCUUUCUAUGAAGUAUUCCUAGCCUCUCGAGAAUAUGAAGAGGAACUUGACCGAGCAUUUGAUCUGGAAACCGAUACAAUGUUUGGGGGAUUUAAAAAGGAUCCCAUGGACUUUGAAUGGACAUUUUGGAUGGAGUGGGGCAGAGGAUAUAUACUCUGGCUUCUUUUUUGUCAUUUAAUAGUAUCACAGAUGUCCAGCCUUUACAUGAAAAAGCACAAGCCCUGGGUUUUGAUGGCCUAUGGAAUGGCAGCCUGUUGGUUUCUGUUGGGCACCCACAGUCUGAUAAUGAUCUUGCUCCAUACAAGCAUUUCAUACUUUGUGGCUCAAUUUAAAAACCCAGUUCUGACAUGGCUGAGCUCCUUGCUUCUGCUGUUGACUUUACACAUACCUGCCCUGGAAGACAUAAAGAGAGGCUGGUAUGCCAGUGAAAACGAGUACUACUUGCUUCUUUUUACUUUGACCGUCCGCUGCCUCUACUACACAAGCUUCUGUCUAGAGUACUGCUGGUCUAAAGAGAAGAUGUGUCAUUCAUUCCUUUGGAUGUUGGUGUAUGUGUUCUAUUAUCCUGUGCUUCACAAUGGGCCCAUUAUCACCUUUGACGAUUUUCAUAAGCAGAUGACUAGUCAAGAAUAUGGUGAUUUGAAGUCUAAUCUUGGCAUUUUCAUCAGGGGCACCAUUCGUAUUUUGCUUUGGUGGUGGCUGGCAGAGCUGAUGAUCCAUUUGCUGUAUAUGCAUGCAAUUUACAGUAGUCCUUCACAUCUGGAAGCAGUAAACUACUGGACCUUAGGUGGCCUAGCGCUGGCUCAAGUCCUAUUUUUUUAUGUGAAAUACCUUGUUCUCUUUGGUGCUCCUGCCCUUGUCAUUCGAAUGGAUGGACUCACGCCUCCUGCCUUACCUCGAUGUGUAAGCACCAUGUACAGUUUUUCUGGAAUGUGGAGAAGUUUUGACGUUGGACUGCAUAAGUUUCUUGUCAGGUAUAUUUACAUCCCAAUGGGAGGAUCGCACUGCAGCACAUUUAAGAUGUUGCUUUCCACAGCAAUCACAUUUGCUUUUGUAAGCUAUUGGCAUGGUAGCCAUAGCUACCUUUGGUCCUGGGCUGUGCUUAAUUGGCUUGGAAUAACUGCUGAAAACGGAGCGAAGAGGCUGGUUUCUCUUCCAGCUGUCCAUGACUUCAUUAGCCGUGUUUUGUCAGCAAGAGGUUGUCGACGGCUCCAUGCAGCUCUGGCAUCCGUUUCAACUUUGCUGCUGAUUUUUUCCAACCUUAUCUUUCUUGGGGGAAACCAAGUUGGGAGAAUCUACUGGAACAGGAUCUUUAGGGAAGGCAACUUAGAGGACUUAAAGGGUAGAAAAACUGGAGCUACUGGGAUCCCUUUCUUUGACUUUGGGAUGGAAGGAAUUGCAACGCAGAUUUACUAUGAAGAUCAUUCACCUGCAGAAGAAACUCUACCAUCAACUUUCAAGGAUGCUUUUUGA